AUGUUUGGUUUUCCUACAAAUUUAUUUGGCAUGGGAGGUGGAAAUAACCGUCGACCGAAUAGUAAUUCAUUAAUACCACAUCAACAGUCGUUGUUUGGAAAUUCUUUCAUGAUGCCAACUCCAUUUGUUGGAGUAAAUAGUUUCUUUGAUAAUUUCGGUAUGAAUUCAUCACCGUUUGCAAUUAUGGAUCGAAUGAUGCAUGCAACAAACGAUUCAUUGUAUCAUGGAGAAAGUAUCAAUACAAAUGCACCAAUACAUUCAUUCACAUCAACAACAGUGAUGUCUUAUAAUGGUGCCGAUGGACAACCAACAGUUUAUCACGAAUCAAAAUCACAUAGUAGAGGACCAGGAGGCAUUGAGGAAAUACGACAAGCUGUUCGUGACAGUGAACGUGGAAUUAAUAAGGUACAUAUUGGUCAUCGAAUUGGUGAUCGUAAACAUGUUGUUGAACGUGAAAUGAAUGUUGAAACGGGUCAGAUAUCUGAAAAUGUUGAACUAGAAAAUCUCGAUGAAGACGAAACGGAUAGUUUUAAAAGAGAAUGGCGUCAGCGUUCGGCUUUAGCUGGUCUUGUUCGUCGUCCACAUCAUCCUUAUCAUCAUCGUCAACUUGCGCCAAAUCGUUUACAUUAUCCAUCAUCAGGGCCAGUUCAACCACAAUUAGCUAUCGAACAAUCUACUGCAAAUGGAUCAGCAUCUCAUCGACAUAAUCAGAAAUCUUCGAAAUAUAUAAAUAAUAAUUCAACACAACGAUCCCAAUUACAUCGUUCGGAUACAAUAGAUUUAACAGAUGAUACACCAAAAAUUGAAGAAAUUGAACAGUCUCCAUUACCACAUGUUUUACCAGUUAAACGUAAAGCUUCAUCAUCAUCUUCAAAUAAUGAUGAUGUUCAACGGAAACAUCGACAAAAUCGUUUUUAA